AUGAAUUUAAUCGAAUAUUAAUGCAAUAAAGACUAGCAUUUCAAUUAGAGUAUAAUAGGAUAUUGUCUUAAAUCAGAUUGUUAAGAAACUCGUUAAUAUUGUUAAAGAUGUUCUCUAAAUUCUUAAAUCCAUAAUCAAUGUCGACCUUAUUUGUAGGAUUUUGAUCAAAUUUUCAAUAAUUUUUAAAGCCACUUGGAUUACUUAUAGUAUCAAACUUCUUUUUUGAUUAUGAAAUGGAAAGUAAUUUAAAAUUAAUGGGUGAGAAUAUAUGAACUGAUUGGGAAAUAAUAAAAAAUUUUAUCAGAAAUUUUAAAUAACCUAAGAAAUCAUAAAUAUGAGGAUUUAAAGAGUUAUAUACCUUUAAUCAUUAAAUAUUAAUUAAUUUUCAAUAGUGAUAAAAAAUUAAUGAAAUUUUAAAAUGGUAGAUAAUAGAAUAAAAUUUAUUAGGAUUAAGAUUAGCAAAAAAGGGAGAUAUAGAGAAUGCUAUUAAAAUAUAUGAUGAAUUAAUCAAAGAUGAUGAAAAAUAUGGCAACUCUUAUUAUUAAAAAGGUUUUAAAUAAUAAUUAUAAAUUAGGAUUGGUAUUAAUUAAGCAAGAUAAUAUAAAUGAAGAAUAGUUGUAAGAUGCAGCUUUUUGUUUUGAUAAAGCUACUAAAAUUGAUAGUUAUAAUUAUGAUGCCUAUAAAUAAAGAGGUUGUAAUACUCUUUAUAAAUUUAGGGAUAUGUCUAUUCAAAUUGAAAAAAUAUGAUUAAGCAUUAGAUUGCUUCAAUAGUAUAACGAAAUAUGAAAUAGAUGAUGACGAGUUGGACAUUUACAUAGGUCUUAUGAAAUUAAUUUUAAGGUAGGGUUUUAAUUGAAAAUGAACAAAAUGAUAAAGCAAUUAAUGUUUUCGAUAAAAUAUUAAAUAAGAACAGAAAUGCUUAUGAUUCAUAUUAUUACAAAGGUGUCUAAGUUAUUAUAAUAAUAGGUUUAUGCUUAUUUAAUUUAAAGAAUUAUGAAGAAGCUAUAAGAUAAUUAAAUAAAUUAAUAGAUUUAAAUCCUUCUAAUAUUUAAGCAUAUAUCUUAAAAGGUUAUCUAUUACUUCAUAUUAAGGUUAAGCUUAACUUAAAUUAGAGUUGAAGAAUGAAGCUAGAGAAAGUUUUAGCUAGGUAAUUUAAAAAGAUUCCUAGAAUUUAUAAGCGUAUUUAGGAAAAUGUAAAUAUUGAAAUUAAUUUUAAGCCUAAACAUAUGAUAAUAACAAAGAUAAAAUUAGUAUUAUGAUUUCUGCAUAAGAAGCUAAUAUUAAAUCUAGUGAAUUGAACUAUGAAAUAGGUAUUAUAGGAAUUUUCAAUAUUAGGGUUUGCAUUACAAUAAGAGAAAAAAUAUAAUUAAGCUAUUGAUUAAUAUGAUAAAAUAGUGUAUAAUUCACUUAAUCAAAAUUAUAUGGACAUGAUUUAUUUUAAUAAAGGGAAUUAUAUUAAUUAUAAUUUAGGUCUUACUUUAUAUAAAUUGAAAAGAUAUGAAGAGGCCACAGAUUGUUUUAUUAAGGCAAGCUAUUUUGAAUCCAAAUAGAUAGAAGCAUUAAUUUAUUAGGGUGAAUUUAGUAUUUAAAUAAUUUAGGUUAAUCAUUAUAGAGGUUGUAAAAGCAUAAGGAAGCAAUAUAAUGUUUUGAUGAGAUAUUAAAUAAAGGUUUUUAGAGCGAAAAAAUCUAUUAUAAUAAAGGUUUUUUGGAAUUACUUUAAUAAUAGGAAAAUCGCUAUAUUUUUUAGGAAUUUACAUUUAAGCUGUUAAAUGUUUUGAUUAGGCCUUAUAAAAGUGUUAAAAAUUGCCAAAAGUUUAUUAAUUUAAAAGUAUGAUCAUCUAUAAAUAUUUUGCAUUAAAAUAGGUGAGGCUUUAAAAUACUUGGGGAAAAUUAAUGAAGCUAAGAAAUGUUUAGAAAUUAUAAAGAAAUUGAAAGAAGAAAAAAUUAAUGACUCAAAGUUAAUGUCAACAUCGUCUUCAUAACCAGCUAGUAAUUUCAAUAAACAAAAUUGAGAAAUUAAAAAAUAUAAAAUAAUCAUAAUAUUUGAUCUUCUUUCUAAAUAAAAAUAUAUUCUAGUUUCUCUAUUAUUUACUUAUAGGAAAUUUAAAUUUNAUUUAAGCAUAUAUCUUAAAAGGUUAUCUAUUACUUCAUAUUAAGGUUAAGCUUAACUUAAAUUAGAGUUGAAGAAUGAAGCUAGAGAAAGUUUUAGCUAGGUAAUUUAAAAAGAUUCCUAGAAUUUAUAAGCGUAUUUAGGAAAAUGUAAAUAUUGAAAUUAAUUUUAAGCCUAAACAUAUGAUAAUAACAAAGAUAAAAUUAGUAUUAUGAUUUCUGCAUAAGAAGCUAAUAUUAAAUCUAGUGAAUUGAACUAUGAAAUAGGUAUUAUAGGAAUUUUCAAUAUUAGGGUUUGCAUUACAAUAAGAGAAAAAAUAUAAUUAAGCUAUUGAUUAAUAUGAUAAAAUAGUGUAUAAUUCACUUAAUCAAAAUUAUAUGGACAUGAUUUAUUUUAAUAAAGGGAAUUAUAUUAAUUAUAAUUUAGGUCUUACUUUAUAUAAAUUGAAAAGAUAUGAAGAGGCCACAGAUUGUUUUAUUAAGGCAAGCUAUUUUGAAUCCAAAUAGAUAGAAGCAUUAAUUUAUUAGGGUGAAUUUAGUAUUUAAAUAAUUUAGGUUAAUCAUUAUAGAGGUUGUAAAAGCAUAAGGAAGCAAUAUAAUGUUUUGAUGAGAUAUUAAAUAAAGGUUUUUAGAGCGAAAAAAUCUAUUAUAAUAAAGGUUUUUUGGAAUUACUUUAAUAAUAGGAAAAUCGCUAUAUUUUUUAGGAAUUUACAUUUAAGCUGUUAAAUGUUUUGAUUAGGCCUUAUAAAAGUGUUAAAAAUUGCCAAAAGUUUAUUAAUUUAAAAGUAUGAUCAUCUAUAAAUAUUUUGCAUUAAAAUAGGUGAGGCUUUAAAAUACUUGGGGAAAAUUAAUGAAGCUAAGAAAUGUUUAGAAAUUAUAAAGAAAUUGAAAGAAGAAAAAAUUAAUGACUCAAAGUUAAUGUCAACAUCGUCUUCAUAACCAGCUAGUAAUUUCAAUAAACAAAAUUGA